AACUGCACAAAUAUUUUUACAGUUGCAUAAUUUGUAAUUAACUGCACACUAGAAAAACCCUUGUUCCGAACAAACACAGCAUGUAAGGUUGAGGGCACUCUGGUGAUUUUUAUCAAUAUUAAUGUAAAUGUGUAAUGUGGAUAAUCAUCAUCGUGAAAGAGUUUUCCAUUCAAGGUCUAGGAAGAAGGCACAUUUUUCUGAAUUGGCUUUACCUAUGUAGGAUGAAAUUGGCAAGUACCAAAAUGACUGAACAAAAAAAAUGUUUUGAAGGAAAAAGAAAAUUCUGAAUAUUAAGUGUUACAAGUGAUGUUCUUUGAUAUAGGUUGCUCUUCUUUACUGGAAAGUAGCCCAUGUAUAUUCCUCAGUUAUGUCUGAAAGUUUCAUGUAAGAUCUCCAAAUGAUUUAGCAGGUUUCUUUCUUUAUCACUGUAAGUCAUCGUAUCAGUUAACAUCAUACAUACUAACAGAUAGGAGUUAAUUGCUUAUGUUUGUAACUGUUAAUGUUUAAGGCAUCUUGCUUCCUCAUAGAUAAAAGUGUAUUGUAAAAUAUGUCAGAAAUAAACAAUACCAAAGAAGAAGUUAUAUUUACAGAUGAAGGAGAGUCCAAAUUUAAGACAGUUAACUUGUAUAAAGAUAAGGCUGAAAUAUGUUUCGAUCCAAAACUCAUACCUUUGGUUAAUCAGAGUUAUGCUUAUAAGUCUGAGAAUGAUGAUAUACUAAACAAAACCUCUUCAUAUGUCGAACUGAAGAGUGGCUCGUUUUCAGCUGACACUAAGACUAAUAUGGAACGAAACUCUCAGCACACUACUGGAACUAGAAAAUCAGGAAUGUGGCGCAGCUCAAGUGAUGGAUCAGCAAAGAUCAUCCCAGAAUCCCGGUCUAUUGACAAAAUCAAUUUAACAACCUCGGAGAAAAACGUGUCAAGGAGGCAUUCUGAAUCAGAUGGCCGAGCAGAGGCACUGAAAGCAAGGAUUGAUAAUAAAUUUGAACAACUACAACAAGAACUGCAAAGUAAAGCCAAACAGAAUGAUAUUUUAAGUUCAAAAACUAAAACAGGUGAAGUACAAGAAGAUAUCAGUGGUAUUGACUGUUCUCUUUCUGAAGAAAGGUCACUUGGUAUACACAUAUCUGGGGAUAAUCACAAAGACAGUGAUGUUGUCAAAUGUGAGGACCAAGUUUGCCACAGCAGCUGGCGUUCACGUAGUGUUUCGGUAGCCGAGGUGAAGGAACAUGCCUAUGGACGGUUGCGAGAAGAGCUGACGAAGGCACAAGAGGAGCUUAAACUGAAAGAUGAAGAAGUUGCUCGUCUCAGCCAGAUCAGGGAUGAAGUUGGGGCUGAGCUUGAGGAACUGACUGCCAGCCUCUUUGAAGAGGCACACAAUAUGGUUCGGGAAGCAAAUGUAAAACAUGCAACAUCAUUAAAAUUGCUAAAGGAAGCAAAUCUUAAGAAUGAAGUUCUUCAAGCUGAAGUACAGGCUUUAAAAACCCUCGUGAUAACUUCCACUCCCAGUAUGCCUAACCACCAUCUUCAUCCUCAACUUAACAGCAAAAAUAAUGGUGUUAAAUCUUUUCUUCGUACGGGACACAAACGUUCUCCUAGUAACUAUGAAUUAGCCUCACAGAAAGAAUCUCCCCCUAACUCUCCUGUUAAAGAAACUCCUCCUGUUGAUAGUGGUGUGGAAAGUUUGGAAAUUGAUCCAAUAUGUCAUGAAGAAUUUGUCAACUGGAGAAAAAACCCUCAGCUCAUGAAAACACACCCUUUUCUAGUUCGUGUUUAUGAAGAAGAUAUUUGGCCUUGUUUGCGGUUUGCAAAUGAACAGCUAGCAAAAGAGGUUUUAAGAUCCAUAGAAGACAACAGCAUUGUGAUUGAAGAUGUUAAUGGCAAGAAUCCCUUCCCAAAAAAUUGUUGUCUUUUGGAGACUCCAAGAUUCUGUAAAUACAGGAUGAAGCUGGGAGAAGGGACACAAUGGUACUAUAUCUCUCAGUUGUGCCGAAACAGAAUAGCUGCAGUGUGUGAGUUCUUUUGCUACCUGAGAUACAUCAAACAGGGUCUAGUGAAAAGUGGCAUACACGAAGCAUACUGGGAAGUCAUGAGGAGGAGACAUUUGAUGGCCAUGACUCGCCUUGGGUUGGCUGGCCCGUAAAACACAUCUUCAGCUUCGCUAUGGUGAUGAAAAGAAGGUCAAAGACAUUAAAUCUCUCUCUUUCUCUCUGUGGAAGAACGGUACAAGGGGAAUUAAUUUGUACCCAUGUUUUUGUGUCAAAAUGUAUUGGUGUUUUGGUGUCAAAUUUUGAAUUGAUAGUUGAGAAUUAUACACAGUCUAGAUGACAUAUUUAUUUAAAUUUUGAAUAAGAAAUAAAGUGCUUCAAGUUAAAUGGUGCAUUUUUUACAGUAUUCUAUAGGUUUAUGUUAAAGAUCGUUUUACCCUUAUAGUUUAGUUAUAGACAAAGGUUCACAAUGGUUAGGUUAUAUAAUAUAG